UGAAAAAGAAAAAAAAAAAAAAAGGAGGAAAGAGCAGAAAGUGACAGUCCAGAAAUUAUUGCAGACUGUUGAAGAGAAUAAUUAUUGUGUUCAACUGUUUAUAUUCCUCUGCUCCUAACCCAUAGCCUACAGAAGAGACCAGAGAGGGCUCAAAGUUCCUCUCUCUCUCUUUCUCUCUCCCUCCCUCCUUUCUCUUUGAAGCUUUUUUGGUUUCUGCAACCCAUCUUUCAAGUUUCAAUUUAGUGGGUUUGAAGAAACUUUCUGUGCUACUGCUUCUUUCGCACUCCUCGGGGAUCUUAUUAUCAGAGGAUUUUCCGGAGGAGUUUUUUCCAUUUCUCUCUCUCUUUCUGACAAUCUGUGCUCUAAUUCUUCCAAUUUACUCGAUUCCGAAUGUCAUUUACACUUCACGAGAGUCAAUUCUCUUCCUCCAUAGCUUGUUCUCUUGUUUGACGAUAUCACCUCUGUAAUCCACCUGAUUCUUGUGAAGAUUUUCAGGGUUGGAGUGAAGAAAACAGAGGAAUUGAAUCAAAUUUCGUUUCAGAAAUGGAGAAUUUCAUCGGAAAAAGAAAACCCACCAUCGGGAUUUCACUCUUCACCGCUUUGUCUGGUUCAUUCUCUUCUGAUAAAACGAAAUCCCCUCGUGAUUUCGAAAAGGGUGUUGUUGGGUUGGGUAUAGUGGCUGCCAUGACUGAUUCCGACAAAAUUCAUGAAGCUUUUGUGUCUUCGAAAGUUGUUUCUCCUAGGUCUUGCUCGAUUCCUAUCGUUUCUUCUGCUAAACCAGCGGCUAAUUUCAGAGGUGGUUUUAGCCUAGAAAAGGAAGUACUACCUGAGGUCGUUGAUGAACUUUCUGAAAGUUACACUUGCGUAACUUCGCAUUUUGGUAAUCGUUUGUUUGAUAAGCGUAUUUACUUUAAUGGUGAGCUCGAAUUGGUCAAUGGCCACUCUUCGAAUGUUGUGAGAUCUGGGGUUUUUUCCACUUCCCCCAUGAGUUUUGGUGUAGCGGAGAGAGGGUUUUGUGCUGCUGAAUUUUUGAGCUCUUGCUAUCUCUGCGGCAAGCAUCUUCAUGGGCUUGACAUCUUUAUGUACAGAUUUUGGAAGUUUAUCAUCUGUUUCCAUCUUUUCGAGGAUUUUCUUUUCAAAGUGGAAACAUUUUUUGAAUUGCACAAUCUGUUUUAGAUUCGAUAAGGGCUUGGAGCGGGCCCCUGUUUUUGAUAUUUGUCAGCAUGAUUGUAUUUUUUCCUAGAUUGAUAUGAUUAAGUUUGGUUACUGUCUCCCUUAGAACUUAUGACCUUGAUGGACGCUUGAGUGAUUCUAUUCAUCUAUUCUAUCAUCAAAUAUUGGCAAAAAGUUUCUUCAGCUUGGCAUGGCAUAAUUUCACCUUAUUACUUUGUUAUCUGCACAAAUAUGACCAUUCUUCUCUUAUGUCUGCAUUUCACCUUAUUGGAUGUUUCAUUUUUUUUCCUUUUUGGGUAAUAAAUUGAUCAAUCGUUGGGAGAAAUGAAAAAAUAUACUAGGACAUACAAAAAACGUCCAUGGAACUAACUUCAAGAAAGGACUCCAAUCCAACGAUGUUUUAUAAAAGAUGACAUAGCUUACAUGAUAAAGAAGAACUUCUCAUCUUCUUGGUAUUGGUAAGUUGUUAAGUUAAAAUGGUUAUUUUAAAGCUGUGUUCUGUUCUCAUAAGAAAUAAAGAACUUGCAGUUGAUGGGGUAAGAUUAAUUUUCAGGUCAGUUUACACAUACUCCAAGAUAAUUGUGUUAAUUGGAUCACUUUAAGCAGCCAUUACAUGGUUAUCGAUACGAUGCAGAUCAAAAUGAAUUACCCUUCCUUUAGACCUUUGGCCAACAAACUGGUAGCCCAAAGCGAGAAAUCUCUCGAUCUAACAACAUUUUCAACUAUUUUUUUUU